AGUCAGUUGUAAUGCAAUUGUCACCGGGUUUCUUUUCAGGGACUCCAGAGAAGACCUUUGGCCUCAUCCGCUUUAGGGCAGCAAAUGAUGCCAAAUUUCUUAAAACAAAAUUUGCCACCAAAAGCCUGUGGGAGCAAGCAGUGAAAGAGCUGGGCCUGGAGGGUCAAAUUACCCACAAGCAGAUCAGCAAGAAGUGGGAGAAUUUAAAGAAGCGUUAUAAGGACCUGAGGGAUCCCAGGACGGGCUCUGGCACAGACCAUGGGGAAAAGACGCUGUCAAAUUGGCCAUAUUAUGCAGAGAUGCAUGCUGUUUUGGGGGGAAGGCCUGCAGUUGACCCCCCAGUCAUUGUGGCUUCCUUCAGGCCGGCUGAGGAGGACCCCACAGCCUUAUUAAUGGCCAUUGUCACACCAACUUAUGAACCCCUCAGGGAGGACUUACCUGAGUCAGCCUCGGCCUCAGUCUCUUCCACCAGUCCUCCCACUACACCUUCCACUACCCUACCCGCAACUCCAGUCUCAGCCUCUUCCACCAAUCCUCCCACUACACCAUCCACUACCUCUUCCACCAAUUCAGAUACGCCAUCUAACACCCUCCCCGCUACUCCAACACCAUCACCAAGGAAGAGGAAGGGGAGUGCCGUCCAGCAAAUGCUGGACUUUUUGCAAUCUGAAUCAGCUAAGGAGCAGAGAAGGCACACUGAAUCAGAGGAGAAAACCGAAAGGUUUUUGAAACUAUUUGAAAAACUUGUGGACAAAAUCUGAGACUGGUUACCAGGCAUUGC